UUUUUUUUGAUGACCGCAGCAUGCCAUGAACGGUACUCCUCGACUUCGGUCUGCUUUCCCGCAGACACCACAACGAACUCCGAAGAUCAGAGACUUGAGCUAUUCCACAUCUAAACCGAAGCCCCGGGAUUUGGAGCAGACGAAGAGUCUUUCAAAGAUACCCGCACAAGAUGCCAAUCGACCACUCAUACCAGUAGGGGUUAUAGAUGCCCCGUCGCAGCGACUUUACAUUGUGGCUUUCUAUGUGGCACUAAAUGCUUGGCGAGUAUACGAGUCUUGGACGGCAUCCGAUGAUUUGGACUCGACUUGGUUAUUCCUUAAAUGGGCUGCUGUCGAUGGUGUCUUUCUCUUCGGUCUACAGGCGUUGCGCAUCCCGUGGCUAGAAUGGGCUUUUCCCACUACACUUGCAAUCUUCAUUAUUCACGUUGUCGGCAAUGUAUUUCUCAUGUUUCGAAUCCCCAUCCCGGUUGGGACAUGGAUCGCUGGCAUGGUCAAGUUGGCCUACGAUAGAGAGCUGUCCAUUUCUGAACGAAGUGUGAAGCCUGGUGAUAUCAUUCACAACGCAUCUCUUAUUCUAGGAAAGCAGAUCGUUCAUAUACUUCCCGAAGGUUCAGCUAUUCUAAAUCCAGAUCAAGUACCACUGUGCAUCGAUGCACAAAAGACUGCCAUCGAUUUGCCAAUUCGAGUCAAUCAAACGGAUCCUAUCCUUAUCGAGUUGUUACGUCUAGAUUACGACACCGGCGCAAAUGAAACGAUCGUACUAUCGUCCAAGCAGUUGAAACAGAUGAAAAAGCAUGCAGACAAAAGGCACCAAAGCUCAAGUUCAGACCUUCAUCGAGACCUUCUCUAUUCAGCUCGGCGACCGGGCAUUUAUCGCCUGCAGAGGGUAGUAGAUGAGUCUAACCUUGAUGUACACAUGCGCUCGUCUGAUGCUCUUGUUGUCACUUGUCCCCGGGCGCUGGUUAAGAACUCGCACACUCAUAAAUGUCGAGGAGAACUGUCAAACCUGAUACUAGCGGUCGAGGGCACGCCGCCAUUGAAGAUUAAGUACAGCAGACAAGUGAAUUAUCUUGACCGAGGAUUUUCGUUUCAAAACAUACAUCCCGAUAAUUUGCGCUCGCCAUUGUUGGGUCAGAGAAAUUCCGGCCUCCUUUUCAAUUUCAGAGAACCCGAAGUCGCCUGGGCUCAAAGCCAAAUCAUCGAAGUUCCGUUGAAUGAGUCACUGAAUGUGGGCGGGGAGUGGCUCUACAGCAUUGAAGAGGUACAUGAUGGUGCAGGGAACAUCGCAAAUUAUUCGGCACUUUUGGAUGUAUUUGAUCGCUCCUCGACCAAGUCUCUAUCACAGUGGCAUCAAUUUUCAGUCCACGAGAGGCCACGCUUGUCUUUGACUGGCUGCAAUGACCAGAACUUCCUAGAGGUUGCACGUGGCGACAGCGUUGACCUUCCCUUGAAAUACCACCCUUCUGGUCAAGGCUACGCCAAUGAUGGGCCCUUUUCUCUGGUGUACUCGUUCAGCGGUAGCGAUCAAGAAAGUCCAAGUGAACAGCCUAACAAAGUUCGUCAACUCACACUCAAGAGUCUCGACCAGAAGCCUCAGAUCAAGGAUCCGGGUUGGUACAGCCUGAACUCAGUUUCGAGCCAAUACUGUUCUGGAGAAACGCUGGAACCCUCAUCUUGUUACCUGCGCAAUCCUCCCGAGCCUGAACUGGCUAUUAGGUACGAGAAGAUCUUUGACAAAUGCGCCAACAACCCUGUCGGUCUACUCGUUGAUCUGGACCUCACUGGAUCGCCACCUUUCCGAAUUCGAUAUGUUGUUGAACACUCGAAAGGCGUGGAGACAAAGUCCCAGACAAUUGACGGGCUGCGUGCUCAGCUAGAUUUCACCCCUUCAGAAGCAGGCGCCUAUCGUUAUCGCUUCUUGGACAUUUCGGACACUGUUUACGCUCCGCAAUCUCUCAGGGACAAAGUACCAGUCCUAGAGCAAGAUGUGAAACCUCCAGCUUCUGCUCAUUUCCUCGGGAACAAGGAGGUGCGCAAGGCUUGCUUUGGGGAGCCAGUGUCCGUAGACGUAGCCUUCCUAGGUGAAGCGCCAUGGACGCUGCAAUACGAGCUCGUCCACAACGGCAAGAAGACGAAGUAUUCUUUGGUUUCCGACAGCGAAAUGGCCACAAUCGUGACAGAAAAGCUCGUCAGCGGUGGCGAGUAUGCCAUUGUGCUCACGGGCGUCAAGGAUCGUUCGAAUUGCAAACGGACUCUCAGGGACACUAUCAAGAUUGACGCUCGCUCGAAGCCACCGCACGCGUCCUUCGGCCAGAUUGAAAAAAGUAGAAAGUACUUGGCUUUGCAGGACUCCAAGCUUGACAUUCCGGUCAGACUAAGUGGGGAGAGGCCGUGGAACGUCAGAUAUCGCAACUUGAAUACCAAUUCUGCCGUUCUUGAGAAGACAUUCUGGCAAGAGAAUAGCGUGCUCACCGUUGCUCAAGAAGGGCAGUACGAACUUGUGGACGUUGCUGAUAGCUCUUGCCCUGGCUCUAUUGACCAGUCAGCCAACGUCUUUGAGGUGUCCUGGAUACCUCGCCCUCACAUCACGACAGUGGAUGGCUCUCCCGUUGGCGACGAUGGCCACGUAACGAAACGCGACGUUUGUCAAGGCGAAGAUGAUAGUCUUGAGCUUCGGCUGUCGGGUAACCCCCCCUACGACAUACAGUACGAGCAGCAGCGCAAGACAUCUCGUGGUUCACCGUCAGUCAGGCUACAGAGUCUGAAGACAGCUUUGAAUGCUGCCUCCAUGGAAAUGGACACGUCAGAACCUGGUUCCUAUACAUACAAAUUCACAGAAGUCGGCGACCAUCUCUACGACCAUGAUCCUCGUAGCCGGCCGGUUGUCGUGACGCAAAGGGUAAACCCCCUCCCCUCUGCACGUUUUGACUCGCCUGGUCGUAUCUACGGUUUCUGCAAAGAAGACAUCAGUGGCGAGGAACUGAUACCCAUUACUUUGGAGGGCGUACCGCCAUUUUCCCUCGAAAUCUCCAUCAAGCACCACUCGAAAGCCAAACCAGAAAUUGUGUCAAUCCCAAACAUCAAAUCCAACAGGCAUAACUUGCCUAUCCCACGACGCCAUCUUGAAUUGGGCCAACAUGUCGUCAGUAUCCGCAAGGUGAGAGAUGCACGUGGAUGCCAGCAAGAAACCGAAUUUGACUCUUCUUCGGUGAGGGUGGCGGUUUCGGACGUGCCCACAAUCAUCCCUCUGGAAUCAAAGACCGAUUACUGUGUCGGCGAACGCCUUUCUUUCUCAUUGUCAGGUCACGCUCCAUUUGACGUGUUCUAUACAUUCGACGGUGCAUCUAAAAAAGCUACUUCCAAGACCACGAAUUUCCGUCGAAUUGCCGAGCGGCCAGGAGUCUUCACCAUUACCGCUGUAGGUGACGGCGCGAGUGGAAAGUGCAAGGCACACAAGAACAUAACAAAGACGAUUCAUGAGAUGCCGAGUGUCAGAAUCAGCAAAGGUCAAGUCUCCGUUGUUGAUAUACACGAAGGAGGAGAGGCCGAACUUCAAUUUGAGUUCUGGGGCACACCUCCAUUCGAGUUUACGUAUAUCCGGAGCUCGAAUACUCGAAGAGGCAGAAAGCCCGAGAUACUCGAUAUCAAGCACGAUAUCUCUUACGAGCACACGAAAAGCAUCAAAACAUCCGAUGAAGGCACCUAUGAAGUUGUCGCAAUCAAAGACAAAUACUGUUCCUUUUCUUCUCAAGAAUCGAUUGAGAAGACUGAGAAACCAGUGGCACGCCCCUGAGAUAGAAGGUAGAAGGAACUAAUAGGAUGUGUACGAGUGUGAUUCCAGCAUUUUGUUUUCUUUCUCAUGAACUUUUGGUUUUUCCAUUCGCAAUCGCAUCGCAACGGCGCUAGGUAUUGAAAUGUACAGGUUAAAUCAAUUGGAAAGGUCUAUCUAUAGCUAUUCAUAAAUUACUUCUC